AAAAUUAAGAUUGGUAUACCUGUGAGUUUUUUCGUGUUAUGUUGGCGAUGGAUAUGAAAAACUAGCUCAAAAUUUCAUGUUAAUAAUUUAAUAUCAUUUAUCUUGCACAUUCUAAAUAUGAUGUAAUUAAGUAAUGCAUUUUGUGAAAUUGGGGCACUUAAUCUGUUAAAAAAUGCACUUUUGACACAUUUCACAUAACCUCAAAAUGAGAAACGUGUUUUAACUCCGAUUGAAAGCAUUUAUUACAAUGGGUAAAAAAGGAAAAGACAAGAAAAAAGGCAAAGGUGCUGAGAAAACCGCCGCCAAAACGGACAAAAAGCUAUCAAACAAGAUGAAAAAAGAGCUGCAAAAACUUGGAGAGGAAGACAUUGAGAGUAUAGUGUCACAAAUCGAAAAAGAAGAAAAGAAGCGACAACAAGUGACCGAAAGUGUCAUCGAGGCCCCCACUCGCCGCCUCAACUUCACAUUUAUCCCUCACCCAGACAAGGAACAGUUGAUUUUGUACGGGGGCGAAUUUUACAACGGUCAAAAGACUUACGUCUACAACGACUUAUUCUUUUACAAUAUUCCGACCGGCUCGUGGACCGUGGUCAAGGCCCCCGCGGGGCCUCCGCCCCGCUGCAGCCACCAGAUGGUCGCCACUUCGGCCAACAAAGGCCAGUUGUGGCUCUUCGGGGGCGAAUUCGUGAGCCCCUCUCAAGCCCAGUUUUACCACUACCGGGAUUUAUGGGUGUACCACAUUUCGCAGAAACAGUGGGAGAAGAUCCAAGCCCCCAAUGGCCCCAGUGCGAGGAGUGGCCAUCGCAUGGUUUACGUCAAGAAAAAUUUGAUUGUCUUUGGGGGUUUUCAUGAUAAUUUGAGGGACUACAAGUAUUUUAAUGACGUUUAUUGUUUCAAUACAGAGAGUUAUAAGUGGACGAAAUUGGAACCUAGUGGUACCCCACCUGCUCCAAGGUCGGCCUGCUGCAUGGUACCUUUAAAUGACGGUCGCGUGUUGAUUUAUGGGGGCUAUAGUAAGGAGAAGAUUAAGAAAGAUGUCGACAAGGGGCAUGUCUUCACCGAUUGCUUUUUACUCACACCUGAAAAAAAUGACACCAGUGGAACCAAAUGGAAAUGGGUGCAAACUAAACUAGGGGGUGCCCAUUUUUCGCCCCGUUGUAGCAUGCCCAUGACUUCAACCCCCAACAAUACCACAGCUUACUGUUACGGUGGUGUUUUCGACGUUGAAGAAGAUGAAGAAAACCUGGCUGGAAUUUUCUACAACGAUUUUAUUUCUCUCGAUUUGGAAAAACUAACCUGGAGAAAUGUUACAGUUUCUGGAAAGAAGACCAAAGAGGCUAAAAAAGAAGAUAUCGUUGAUGUGGAAAUGGAAGAAGAACAGGCAGUUGAGCCAACAACCAUUUCUGAUGAUGGUGUUUUUAAAGUAACAGUUGGGCCAUCUUUGGGGUGUAAUACGAGUAGUAGUGAGAAAACCACUAGUGAUGGUCCAAAGGUUUUUCAACCAUCACCACGUCUUAAUUGUGGUUUGGCGGUUAAACAUGGAGUUUUGUAUUUGUAUGGCGGAAUGUUUGAAGAUGGGGAUAAACAAGUCACAUUUAGUGAUUUUUAUUCCAUUGAUUUGAGAAAGUUGGAUGAGUGGAAAGUGAUAAUUCAGGAUGAUACGUCGAGUCAGGAGUGGUUUGGAUCUGAUGAUGAGUCGAAUGAUGAAGAUGAGGAGGAAAGUGAAGAAGGGGAAGAAGAUGAGUCUGAUUCGGAAAUGGAAACUGAUCCAUGAAAAAAAUGUUAAACCGUUUUAUUAUAAUAAUAAAAAUAUGUUUCUA